UAAAUGAAAUAUGGUCGUGAUGCUAUUUUGAGAUGUGCAAAUAAAUCUGAAAGUUGGGAAUUCUUCUAUUUUCUUUCCCAUUUAAACAAAUUAAUAAAUAUUUACAUACAUGUGCAUCUAUUUAUAUGCGUGUGUAGUAUAUGUAUAUGAUUUAAACUUGCCAUAAUGGCCAGUACAUCGAAGAGUUCGCACUGCGCUUUGCCAACAAAAGGACUGAAAGAACCAAUAAAGGAGUUAAUAAGAUUGAAUAAAUUAAUUGGGAAACGUUUUAUCGCGUCCAAAGGUGAAAAGUUUGAUUUUGUUUGCGAAGUCCUAUUCAACGUCCUAAACGCUGACGUAGCACCUGUUUAUGACAAAAAUAAUUCAAUAACAAAAUCUAUGGAAAUAACUAAUGAAAAAGCUGGUAAGCCGAAAACAAAUCAAGAUACAUUUAAUGAAGCGACACUUAAGGAGAUGUGCGGUAAAGUGACCGACCAGAUAAAGCAAUAUUUUUGUAGCAAUUGUGAAUGCGUUACAGAGUAUGAGCCAGACACAAUAAAACAAAUGAUGCAAAAGCAUAAACAAAGCAUAAAACUUUAUGAAGAGCUAUCCACGGUUGUGACAAAACUCGGCGAUGAACUCAUAAAGAGUCCAAAAGACUUUAUGUUGUCAGUCAAACGUGCGUGUUAUGCCAAAACCACAUCGACCCGAUUUGUGGAGUAUCCAAUGCGGGUCGAUCAUGACCCACCAAUAGUGGUGCUCGGUCCUCAUGGUACUGAGGUUCCGGAAACGAGGUACUCUAAAAUUCGCUGGAAUACACCACAAGGCGCGGCGCGCAUGCUAUGUGCACUGGUAUUUGAUCGCAAUACAAUAUUGAUGACAAAUUUUUCAGAUACAAUAUUGGAUCCUUAUAAGGUUUCUGAUAUUGAAUACUGCAUAAAAGCUAAUACUAAAGCCACGUCUGAAGAAAUACACAAAGCCAUCGCCAAGAAGUGUCAUGAUACCCAUGUUAAAUUCAUGAAAUAUAGAUUAAGCCAUGGUAUUGAGUUUUAAAUUAUGUACAUAUGUCCUAAGUUGACGAAAAUAUGGUUUUACUUACAUGAUAAGUACUUGCCAACAUAAACAUAUUCAUACUUUAAUUUAUAGUGCAUAACUUUAAAAUUGUAAUAAUUAUAACACAGCCUUCAUAGUUGUAUAUGUCCUUCAAUUAAUAAUUAUUUUUUUGUUUUUGUUUUCAAUAGAGUUGGAUCUUAAACUUACUUUUCAUGCAGAGGUCUC